GCCAGUCUAAUUUAUUGGCCGCCGCAGCUUUCCUUUCUCGUCUCCUUCCCCAUUCUGCCCUGUUCAUCUCCAAAAUCUCCCAAACAGCUGAAGCAGAGGAACAAAUCGAGGGAAAAAAGAGGCAGGAAAUGGCUGGAGCAAUCCCGUACGAGGAGCAGCGCAGGAGGCAGGUGGAGGAGAACAAGCGCAAGCUGGAGGAGCUGCGCCUGCACCACCUCUCCGCCGCCGUCCGCGAGGCCGCCGCCAAGCCGUCACCGGCCAAGUCGCUGAAGCGGAAGUCGCGAGCGCAGGGGGAAGCCGGCCAGGACGUCCCGCUCCGGCGGUCCGGCCGUGUCGCCAGCCUUCCGGAACAGCCCAAGUACCGCUACGAGGAUUCCUUGGCCUUCGAGAAGAAGCCUAGGAGGACGUACAGCACCAGGAAGGACUUAACAAAUCGAGUGUACGCGACCGACGAGGCCAGGGACUAUACCAUCACCAAGGCCGAAGAGCUGCAGGACAAAUUGGGUUCCGACUAUCCCAUUUUUGUCAAGCCCAUGACGCAAUCUCAUGUCACCGGAGGGUUCUGGCUGGGCCUUCCGACGCAGUUCUGCCGGAAGUAUCUACCAAAGCGUGAUGAGAGGAUAAUUUUGGUGGAUGAGGAGGAUGAUGAGUCUGAAACGCUCUACCUUGCGCUUAAGAGGGGCCUCAGUGCUGGGUGGAGGGGGUUCGCCAUUGAUCACAAGCUGGUUGAUGGUGAUUGCUUGGUGUUCCAGCUGAUUGAGAGGACAAAGUUCAAGGUUUACAUAAUUAGAGAAAGUUCCUACUAUGAAUGACGAUUGAUCAAGGCAUGAGAUUGUAGAAUUGCGCUUACAGCAGUUAUGCAAGUCUUCUACUGGAUUAGAUCUGCCUGGAGGGAUUGGAUCAAACAAGUUCACAAGUGGAGAUCGUGAACCGUUUUUAGCCUUUCGGGUGACAGGCAACAUUAAAAAUAUUAACUUAUCGGAUUCGCCUAUUAGUUAUGUUGGACUGCAAGUGUAAGACAUUCACAGUUGAGAAGUCUGAACUGUGUAAGGGGUUUCUAUGGAAACCGAUGACACUUGCAAAUUGUAUGUAACUGCUAGUGCAACCGACGACAGUUGUGAAGUCUGAUGCCACAUCCUAGUUUUCGUACAACCACUCUUUGUGAUGCCCAAUUUAAUGUACUGUGCAGUUUGCGAGAUUUCUUUCGCUCCUGAUUUACCUUCAAUCAUUCCGUGAUCAUAUGUGCA